AUGCAUAAAGCAAACUCACAUCAAGUCAUUGCUUUUGAUCGACUCAAUCAAACUUUCAGGGUAAUGGAAACUGUCAAUCACAACGAGGGUCGACCAAUGGGUCGAUUUCUGCUCAAGUUGGGUGAAAGCUGCUGUGAUUGUGGAGAAUUUCAAGCUUUACAUUUGCCUUGUUCGCAUGUUAUUGCUGCAUGCUCCCAUGCUGCACAAGCUUAUCAAGUUCAUAUACAUGACGUGUACAAAGUUGCAAGUGUAUUUUGUGUAUACAAUAACACCUUCCCGGGAAUUCAAGACCAAUCAUAUUGGCCCCAAUAUUAUGGCCGUCGACUUUGCCCCGACCCAGCAAUGAAAAGAUGUAAGAGAGGUCGUCCGAAAAGUACGCGCAUUAGGACGGAAAUGGACGACGAGAUCGAAACUUUGAAUAAGUGUGCUUUAUGUAGGGUGUCGGGCCAUGAUCGUAGGAAUUGUCCAAAUUCCAAUUAA